CUUCUUUGUCGCACCGUACAUUGAGUGCCUAGUCAACUGCCAACCUCAGUGGGAGCAGAGAGAAGACAGCAACUUACAAUGGCUGAACCUCAAGUAGCCUAUGCGCAGGACGAGUACGGCCGCCCGUUCAUCGUCGUGCGCGAACAGGGAAGGAAGACGCGCGCGCAAGGUGUGCAAGCGAUCAAGAACCACAUCGCAGCAGCAAAGACUGUCGCAGGGAUCCUUAAGACCAGCUUGGGGCCUCGUGGACUGGACAAGAUCCUAAUCAGCCCAGAUGGUGACAUUCAGGUGACAAAUGAUGGCGCGACUAUUAUGAACAGCAUGGAGCUGGAGCACCAGAUCGCGAAACUGCUCGUUCAGCUGAGCAAGAGUCAGGACGAUGAGAUUGGUGAUGGCACUACUGGCGUCGUUGUCCUGGCUGGUGCGCUGUUGGAGCAAGCGGAGAGUCUCAUUGACCGAGGCAUUCACCCCAUCCGGAUAGCUGAUGGGUACGAGAGGGCAUGCACAGUCGCUGUCGAAGCAUUGGAGAGCGUGGCAGACACUGUCGAUUUCUCCAAAGAAAAUGUGGACGAACUCAUGAAGACCGCCAAGACCUGCUUGGGUAGCAAAAUUGUUUCAAAAGCGUCGGACAAGUUCGCACGCAUUGCAGUCGACUCUGUGCUCUCGGUCGCUGACCUUGCACGAAGAGAUGUUGAUUUCGAGCUGAUCAAAGUCGACGGGAAGGUCGGCGGGUCGCUUGAAGACACUUCCUUGGUACAGGGCGUUGUCAUCGACAAGGACAUGUCACAUCCUCAAAUGCCGCGUACCGUCCACGAUGCUCGCAUCGCCAUUCUCACAUGCCCAUUCGAGCCACCACGGCCCAAAACAAAACACAAGCUGGACAUCACCAGCGUAGAGGAGUACCGGAAGCUGGAGGAAUACGAGCGACAGAAGUUCGAGGAGAUGAUCCAGAAGGUCAAGGACUGCGGGGCCAACUUGGUCAUCUGUCAGUGGGGCUUUGACGACGAAGCGAACCAUCUCCUGCUGCAACACGAGCUUCCGGCUGUCAGAUGGGUCGGCGGACCGGAGUUGGAGCUUAUUGCGAUUGCGACAAACGGAAGGAUCGUUCCGCGCUUCGAGGACCUCAGUCCAGAGAAGCUGGGCCGUGCCGGCGUUGUCAGGGAAGUCAGCUUUGGCACGACAAGUGACAAGAUGCUUGUCAUUGAGGAGUGCGCCAACACUCGAGCUGUCACCGUAUUUGUUAGAGGCUCGAACAAGAUGAUCAUCGAUGAGGCCAAGCGCGCGCUGCACGAUGCCAUCUGCGUCGUGCGGAACUUGGUCGUUGACAAUCGCGUCGUGUACGGCGGUGGAGCAGCGGAGAUCUGCGCCUCUGUCGCCGUCGCCAAGGCGGCGGACGAGAUCGCUUCCAUCGAGCAGUAUGCCAUGCGAGCUUUUUCGGCCGCGCUGGACGCCAUCCCGCUCGCGCUGGCGGAGAACAGCGGGUACUCGCCGAUCGAGACACUUGCCGAGGUGCGCGCGAGGCAGGUCAACGAGUCCGACGCCAAGCUCGGCAUCGACUGCAUGGGCGUCGGAGACAACGACAUGAAGCGGUGCAGGGUCUUCGACCCGCUUGUCAGCAAGCGACAGCAGCUCCUGCUCGCGACGCAGCUCGUGCGCGCCGUGCUCAAGAUCGAUGAUGUGAUUGAACAGCACAGCAUCGACGAAUAAGCAAUGCACUUGGCCUGUACGCACAUGUAUAGCGCAGGGGAAUCCGUAACAUAAUUUCCAUGCACGCGCACAGAGUUUAAACAUGAUUAAAAC